AUGACUAUUCACAAAGGUUUGCUUGACCGACGGAGCGCACCGUCACCGUCUUUCUCUCUGUUCCGAUACUCAGCAGUGAGCCGCGCGAUUCCCCACCAUCACCACCAUCAGCCAUCCUCAAAAGUGCCCUUCCGUCCCCGUAACGGAAUGGCAUCCCGUAGACUCAGUUGGCCUAUUCCUAAACCGAGAGGAAGGGGUGCGGUCCGGUGCCGAGCGGGAAGAAGUCCAUCCAUUGCCUGUCCGCAAAGGUUGUCAUUUAGCCGCGUUGACCUGCCAAGCAACCCCAACCCAUCGUCUUUUUUCCAAAAUGGAGCCGCCAUCGUGAAGUUUUUUUCUCUUCAGUCUGCUCGAUUGCGUGGGAAUGUCAUUCCUGGCUAG